UUUUAUAAAUAUGGAGGAAAACUUCGAAGAUCAUUCUGAAUCAGAGGAUACUCAGACUGAGAAUUCAGAGGUAGAGGAAGGCAUUGAGAACCUUGAUGACACAAAAGAAGAGACAAAGGAUGAAAACACUUUUAAUGAAAGCAGUGAAUCAGAUACCCCAAAAUCUGGAAGAAAGAAAAUUAAGCUUAAGAGAAAGAAGAAGAGUAGAGGAAAGCAAUACUCACCAACUAAAGACAUAGAGAUGUCUGCAAAUUUUGAGAACAAACCUACUAGGACUGGGAAUUUUAAUGAUUUUGGUCUUCAUGACCCUUCAGAAGAAGAAGCUGAGAUAAACUUAUUACAUCAAGGGAAGAAUGUGAUAAAGCUGAUUCCCUUCAAGAUUCUUCUGUUUAUCAUCCUUCUAUACUUCAUCAGCUUCUUGCUCCUCCUGCUAGGCUGUACUAAAGAUAUACAAUCCUUAGGCUCUAUGUAUAAAUAUCUUUGUUGGAUUAUGAGUUUAAUAUAGCGUUGCUUCCAGGGCUGUACUAUACAUUUAAAAUUAUCCGAGUAGCAAGAGAGAAAGACCCAAAGAGGAGAGAAAGCAUGGCUAAUCAGAUUAUCUAGAUGUUUAUUAAUCCCAUCUUGAUUCUCCAUUUUACAGGAAUUUAUGGACAAGCAUUAUUAAAAAUUAGGUGAUAAGAAGAGUUUUAGUUCACCGGGAGUUAUU